GUCAACUAAUAUGCAGCAAAAGUGGUUCUGUCCCCUAUUAUGUUCUGAAAACCUUAUUUUCAUUAAAAUAUUUAGGUAGCUUUUUGCUUUUUUAAAUUUAAUUUGAGGUUCUUUCUGAAUUUUUUUUUUUUGAAAUUAUUUAUAGUUUUUUUCCUGAGAAUUCUUAAAUAGGUUUUUACCACCCACCCACUCGAUUAUUUAAAAAAAAAAAAGGAAUUGUCUUGAACACAAAUCUAAGAACCAUUGUAUUCUACCAUCUGUCAUUAGGCCCUGCUGACUUUGGAACGGUCAUCCGGUUUCAUGAACUAAACCUAGCACAUAAUUCGUAUAUACAUGUACGUAGUUUGUAGAUAGCAAGAAGCAAGAGAAUGAAGUUCAAUGCAAUCGUUCCGGCCCUUUUGGCAUGCCUUGUAUUCCCAGAAUGUAAGUAUUUUCUUACAAUUUAAUACAGAUAAUGUUGAUAACACGAUUUUUUUUUUCAACAUUCACGUUUUACCGAUCCGAUUAACUAGACUGCACUACUAUGACUGCACUACUAUGACUGCACUACUAUGACUGCACUACUAUGACUGCACUACUAUGACUGCACUACUAUGUUCGCCUGUUACGGGCUCUGUAAAAAAAAGACAAAAACAAUAACGCAACCUCCAGUCCGUCUGUUUCGUCUAUGAUACUAACUAGUGACUUUAAUUUGAUGUGAACAUUUAUUUUUGCACUUAUUUAUCCUUUGAAUGUUGACUCGUGCUUUUUUUUUCUUUAUAUGGCUUUUUUUUUUUCUAAAAAAAACAACAACUUCACACUUCUUUAUUAUUCGUGCAUUCCUUUUGUUGUUGUUGUUGUGAAUUAGGACCUUAGAGAUGCAUCAUGUACCUCUAUGUGUUCACAUGUUCUAUACAGCAGAGAAGACAUCCUUUAGGAUUAGAGAGCAUUAUUUCUCGUUCAAGUAAAAAAAAGUGUUCCAGGUAUGGGAUGCACGAAAUCACAUCCCACAUGGAAGGUGAAAUCAAUGGAUUAUCCUUAUUGCCAUUCAUAUCUGGCUGCCGUAGACGAAUUUAUUGAAAACCAUUGCUCAAAAAAUACUUCAGGGUUACUUAAUUGUCUCUCAUGUCUGGCUGGUGUAGAGGAAUGGACUUGGAGCCACCAUCUGACAAUGCUUCAAUGUUACUUUAUUGGAGUUGUGUUUUGUAUCAAAAAUAUAAAGUUUGAUCUGACCAUGUUGGCUACUACUUCAGCCAUUCUGCCAAUUACCUCUUCAUCUAUUCAUAGUUACUUAAAGUUAUUGACGCGAGGCAUGUGAAGUUUUAGUUACAGACAGAUUCCCCCACCCCACAUCCCAAAUCGAUUCCUUGUCGGCAUGUCCAACCAAUUAUGGCAUAUCGAUUAAGAGGCGUCGCCACAGACCCUUUGAACGCUAUCCCGGGAACACUAGGUGAGAGUCAAAGGUCUUGCAUAGAAUCUGCUUUUUAAAGAGCACAGCUGCAUGGUACCUGCCAUAUGACACAGGAGCAUGGUACCUUCCCUAUGGCACAGCUGCAUAGUACCUGCCCUAUUACACAACUGCAUGGUGUCUGCCCUAUGGCACAACUGCAUGUUACCUGCCCUAUGGCACAACUACGUGAUAGCAGCCCUAUUGCCCAACUCCAUGGUACCUGCCCUAUUACACAGCUGCAUGGUACCUGCCCAAAGGCACAGCUACAUGGUACAUGCCCUAUGGCAAAGCUACACGCUACCUGCCUUAUGCCACAGCUGCCUGGUACCUGCCCUAUGGCACAGCUGCAUGGUACCUGCCCUAUGGCACAGCUGCAUGGUACCUGCCCUAUCGCACAGCUUCAUGGUACCUGCCCUAUUGCACAGCUGCAUGGUACCUGCCCUAUGGCACAGCUGCACGCUAACUGCCCUAUGGCACAACUGCAUGGUACCUGCCCUAUGACACAACUGCAUGUUACCUGCCUCAAAGCACAUCUGCAUGGUACCUACCAGUGAAGUUGAAAAUAACGCUAUAAACAGUUUGGGGUAUUGAAGACAUGUUACUGUUAAUGGGUAAUAGGCAAAAAAUUGCCAUUGUUUUUUUUAUCAUACAGCCUAUAAGGGGACUGCUCCUAGGCAACCGUUUUGUCCGAGCUAAGAUGUCACCUAAUCAUACCGUAGAAACAACAUGCAGGAGCCCAAUUAGAGGGCGUCUAUCAACACCCCGUGAUGGUAAAGGGGUGCUUUUAGGAACUUUAUAAUAUCUCCAUCCCAGCAGCCCAUUGAAAGUGCCGGCUGUGAGAGAAGCACACGCAAGACGACCAGGUGUUCCUUCAAUGACGCCGCCCCACUCACAUUGUCCAUCGAGUGGAAGGUGCGUAGUGCUGUCUCUAGGGCUGAGACGAAGAGGGAUAUGAUUGGGGAAGACUUAAUGAGCUCUGGCUUGCUAACUUGCUGUUUUGAAUUUAGAGAGAUAGUAAGUUACAGCCAGAUGUACCUUUUGAUAGCAAUGAAUGGGAUGACUACUUGUCGUUUAAGGACGCAAUAUGUCAUGGUAUUCUUAACACAGUGCAGACGUGUCGUUUAAAAACAAAACAUGAAUAAUGAUCAUAAAUAAUUUAAUUUCAGCACAAAAAUUAAGCUGUGAAAUAUUUGGCCCCAUGUCAAAUACUUUCGUUGUCUAUGAUGUUUUAUGAUGCAUAUUUCGCCUGGUCUUUCUCUUUGAUAAGAAGCAACACAACCUCCAAUUUACGCUACAUAGUAAUUUAUUAUAUACGAUACUAAUCACAUGAUCCAUUGACAUCACGAUAAUGUAAUACAAUAAUUGUUGCAAUGCAAAGAGUAUCCACAGGCUUUUCAUAAAGCAUCAGAAUGAGUUUGAUAUAAUGAAGUGAGUGGUCUAUUAUGAGGUGUGUGGAAUAUUUUGAAGUGACUGGGAAAUGAUGAAGUAUGUGGGCUGUGAUGAAGUGCCUGGGAAGUUAGUGGCCAUAUGUUGAAGCGGAUGGGAUAUAAUAUAUAUAAUGGGCUAUGAUGUAAUACGUGGGAUAUAACGAAUCGAAUGGCCUUUUAGGACGUAUGUAGAAUAUGUAGAAAAGACUGUGAUAUGAUGAAGUGAGUGGCUAUGAUGAAAUGAAUAGGCUAUAAUGAAAUGAAAUAUGAUGAAGUUGGUGGCCUGUGAUGCAAUGAGUAGAUUAUGAUGAAGUGAGUUGGCUAUCGCCAUCAGACAUAAAGUAUUAUUUAGCUAUCGCCAGUUUUUGUGUCUGUCGGCCGUCGUCAGUCUAUUGCCGUCCACUUUAAAUUCUAAUGUUAGACGAUCUUUAAGUUGUUGAAUCUGCUGCAGGUCAGAACAAAGCCAGACCAACCUCGUGAAUUUGAUGUUACAGAAGGACGCCACCUUAUGACUAGAGUGAUGUUCCUCUGUUCCUUUUUUAAGUUACCUGCCCCAGUCCAAUAACGACACAACUGUAAAAACACAACUUUAAGGACACAGCUGUAAAAACACAACUGUAACGACACAGCUGUAAGGACACAACUGUAAGGACACAACUGUAAGGACACAACUGUAAGGACACAGCUGUAAGGACACAACUGUAAGGACACAGUUGUAAGGACACAGCUGUAAGGAUACGGCUGUAAGGACACAACUGUAAAGACACCACUGUAAGGACACAACUGUAAGACAUAACUAUAAGGACACAACUGUAAGGACACAGCUGUAAGGACAUAAUGGUAAGGACACAUUUGUAAGGACACAGCUGUAAGGACACAACUGUAAGGACGCAACUGUAAGAACACAACUGUAAGGACACAGCUGUAAGGACACAACUGUAAGGACACAGCUGUAAGGACACAACUGUAAGGACACAGCUGUAAGGACACAGCUGUAAGGAUACGGCUGUAAGGACACAACUGUAAAGACGCCACUGUAAGGACACAACUGUAAGACAUAACUAUAAGGACACAACUGUAAGGACACAGCUGUAAGGACAUAAUGGUAAGGACACAAUUGUAAGGACACAGCUGUAAGGACACAGCUGUAAGGACGCAACUGUAAGGACACAGCUGUAAGGACACAGUUGUAAAGACACAACUGUAAGGACACAGCUGUAAGGACAGAACUGUAAGGAUACAGCUUUCUCUAAAAUUAAAUUGUUAUUUUGAACUUUGUCGAAAAUUCCCAUCUAUUUCAGGUGUCGAGAGCUACACCAGGAGGACGGCUUACAAAGGCUUGCACAUUGGUGAGACACUCAAUUUGACUUUUAACCAUUUAACCGUCUUUAAAGAUGUUGAUUGGACGGAUAAAAUGGCAAAGGCGAUCAACGCAACCGAUCUAAGAUACAUGUGUGCUGGUUGUCCAUCAUUUGUGAAGGUGGCUUCUAGGACACAGAAGGUGAGAUACAUUUUUUAACACAAAAGUUUACAUUGUGUACACCAAGGCUUUAACUAAUGUAACGAUUGUGUUUCUGGCAAAUUACAUUCAGUAUUGACAAAAGAAAGUGCCCAAAGGGAAAGAUCUGAAGAAUAUCGAAACACAAUUUAUUAAACAACAUACCAUAUUUUUUAAUGGGGACAAGUAUAUUUGAGUAUCGCACCAUUCUGAUUGUAUGUGACAAAAGAUAUGGAAUAGUGGAGCCAGGGUCGGAUCAAAUUGCACCUGAAACUCUUUGCAGUUUCCUUGUUCUAUAUAGGAUUUUGAUUUUUUUAAAUUAUGAUUUUCACUGUCUAGAUGCGCCUAGUCUAUCCAGAUUGUGACUGUAUGGAUGUGCCUGGACUAUCUAGAUUGUAACUGUCUAAAUGUGCCUGGUUCAUCUAGAUUGCAUCUGUCUAGAUGUGCUUAGGCCAUUCAAAUUGUAACUCUCUUGAUGCUACUGGUCUAUAUAGAGUUUGAAUGUUGGAGAAUCUAACGUUCCAUCUACGGUCUUAACUUACAUCUCAGUGAAAAAGGCCAGAGUAUACCCAGCGCUCAGAUUAUACUCUGGGUUAAAGAUGCUCAAGCAAUAAUUAUACCCAUAUCAUACCCCCAGCUCGGACUAUACCCUUGGUUAAAGAUGUCCGAGCCAUAAUUAUACACAGAUUAUAUUCUGGCUUGGGCUAAGUUCAUACUCCUCCACACCAGCUUAUACCAUCCAUGACAUCAGCAGUGUUCCAUAAUGAACAAACACAUUACUAAAAAAAGGCCUUACAUUUUAUUGGCUAUUUAGCUUUGUCAGAUUAGUUAAGUGAGAAGGCUAACUGAUUUAAAACUUAAAACUAUCAAUAUAUUGACUUUUUUUGUUACUUAACUAAUAGAAGAUUUAAUCAUCCAGAGUCAAAUAUCUAUAGCACAGUUUUCAAUAGGGUUUGCACAUUCAAAUAAGGGCACAUAACAAACACAUACAAAUAAAAACAGAUAACAGACACAUAGAGUAAAAGUGAAACAAUUCUUUUAAACAAAUUGACUGAAUCUUCAACUACAUUUAAUGGCUGUCAGUUUUAAUUAACUGGCCCAUAUUUUUAAUGACUUUCUUACAAUUUCGAUGAAACUGCCAACAUUUCAAUUAAUGGGCCUACAUUUUGUAUUUAUUUGUCAGAAUUUUUAAUAUACUGACCAUACCUUUUAACUGAAAGACAUUUUCUACAAAUUGGACCACAUUUUUAAUAAAUUUUUUCACCCUAAAAAUAAUGUGCAAUGCAAAACACUCUAUCCUUUGUAUCUAAUGUUGCACCUCAAGUACAAACUUUUCUUUCUUGGUAUAAAACCAUGGACAAAACUAACUUCUACAUAGACAAUAGACACUGUCAUUUACAAAGAAGAACAAGGUGCCGUAUUGAUUCAAUAACUUUAUAAAAUGUAAGUAUUGUGCUCCCAAAGUUUUAACUUUGUUUUCAAGCUCAAACAUUUUAUUUUUCUCUACUCUUAGGACAAUCAAUGGGACCUCUGUGUUGAAGAUGAGUAUUCGGAAUUCAGCGUCUCCCGCAUUGAGGACCCCUGGAUGUGUGUCACAAAGAACAACAUGCAGACUUUUCAUAGCGGUGUUUUCAAAUUUAGAAUAGAGUUUACAGAGCCCUACGAGGCUAUGGAAUCUUUGACACUUGUAAUUGUGGAGGGUAAUUAUACAAAUAAUAUUUCUUUUCUUUUCUGAUUCUGAUAGAUUCUGAUAGACUAUGGUCCUGCAACCAAGUACCGGCAAAUGUGCAACGGUUAGGGUAACCUAUCCUAACCGCUCCUAGCCGGUGCCAGGGCAGCCUUGAAACUCUCGAUUAAUGUCGAGUCCACGGCGGCAUUGUCCAGUUGGUUCCAAGCAAUUAUUGUUCAUGAGAAGAGUGAUUGUUUAUAUUGAACUGUAUUACACCAAGGUGCAGUGAAGCAUUUAUCGUUGUUCCGGAUGUAACUGCUCAUGGAGUCGUCAGAGCUGAAGUCAGUGUUUAUUGAGUGCGAGAUAAGCGUUUCGUUUGCAGCAUGUUCGGCAGAGGCGCAGAUUUCUUCAAAUGAAACCAAAUGUGGAGUUGGCUUUUUUUGAAAUUUUGUUUAUAUGGGGUGACUAUUUUAGAUUAUUCGAGAAGAGAGUUCCAAGGUGUUGAUUAUUUGAUACUUGUUGGAGAAUGGUCUCGUUUAGUGAGUACAUAUAUGUUGUUGUUUUUUUCUUGAGAUGCUCAUUGUGUAGCAUUUGGUUUCGCUAAAUUUCAUGCCCCAUUUGUCUGCCCAAUUCAUAAGGCACUUCAAAUCGGUUUGGAGGUGGUUGUGGUCAUCGUAGCCAUUUAUCUCUUUGUAGACAAGACAGUCAUCUGCAAACAGCCUCACUUGAGAUUUUACUUUAUCAGGGAAGUCGUUUAUAUGACAGAGGAAGAGAAGGGGGCCCAUCACUGUACCCUGAGGAACUCCUGAGUCUACAGUGGAUUUGCUUGUUCGGACGCCAUCCUCCACUACUUGCAUGGUCCUUUGUGUUAAGAGUGUUGAGAGACAGGAAUGAAGGUUGCCGGUGAUGCCGUAGUAGUAGAGCUUAUGUAGAAGAAGGCUGUGUGGAACAGUUUCGAAGGCGUUGGAAAAGUCGACAAUUGCCAUGUCGAUCUGUUUACCUUUUUCAUAGGAGAAAGGGGGUCAUUGGUGGUGAUGAUCAAUUGAGUUUCUGUUGAGAAUCCAGAUAGUGAUUCUCCAUCGAAACAGUAACUAUACCACCAGACUUCCACUUCUGGUUGACACAGUACUGUCCCAGAAUGGGGAAACGUUCAUAAAAAAAGUAAUACUUAUGUCUCAUUACGCUUUCUAAUUAAUUUUAGGUCCGAAAAAUGUUUACCAACUCACGACUAAAACAUGGAUCUCUAGCUUCCUCAGCCACCGACGCCAAGCAGUAGUGGUGGGCGGUACAAGCUCCUCCUUUGUCAAUGUGAAGUCAGGGGUCCCCCAGGGAUCAGUCCUGGGCCCCUGUUUGUUCCUAGCAUACAUUAAUGACCUACCGGAGAAACUGACAUCACAGGCAAGACUGUUUGCAGAUGACACAGCAGUGUAUAGGACGAUCGCCAACAGAUCUGACCAGGACCAGCUACAACAGGAUCUCAAUCUGUUAGCUGAGUGGGAGAUGAGCUGGGACAUGGAAUUUCACCCUGCCAAGUGCCAGACACUAUCAAUCUCUAGAAGUUGUACUCCUCUACACUACCAAUACAAACUGCACGGCCAUAUUCUUGAGCAAGUUUCCUCCGUAAAGUACCUGGGUGUUACCAUUCAAAGAGAGGUCCGAUGGGAUGAACAUAUUAACAAUGUAUGUAACCAAGCAAACAAGACCCUAGGGUUCUUAAGGCGAAAUCUAAAGAUUGGCAACUCCUGUGUGAAAGAAAGAGCAUAUAAAGCCUUUAUCCGUCCGAUUUUAGAUUAUGCAUCUUCAGUCUGGGACCCAUUUACCCAGAAGAGCAUUGACAGGUUGGAGGCGGUCCAGCGACGAGCAGCACGCUUUGUCCUAAACCGCUACAGGAAUACCUCAAGUGUUGGCAGCAUGCUAGAAACACUAGGCUGGUCACCAUUGGAGAAACGACGACGACAAUCCAGGCUCUCCAUGAUGUACAAGAUAAAUAAUGGGCUGGUCCACUGUUCCAGUAUUAAACAGAAACUCGUCCCUCUCCCCAAUAGACAGCGACGAGGCCAUGACAGGCAAUUCAGGCUCAUGCCAGCAAGAAGCCAGUAUAGGAGCUGCUCAUUCCUGCCCAAGACAAUCAGGGACUGGAACAAUCUUUCAAAAGGAACGGUUGAGGCGACAACACUAGACACAUUUGUGUCUAUUGCCUCAAGCCUUCAAACCCCCAGUGCAUGAUUCCCUCACAAAGUGGCACUGGAAAUCUGUGAAAUUUCCUCAUCAACAACAGGAACAGAAACAUUGCAAAUCCCAUCUACAUGCAUAGGAGCCAAAAUGAUCAAUAAAUUGAUCGUGGGCCCUUAAGAUAUAGAAGAAGAAGACGACUACUUACGUAUUGGAAAAAUUAAGGUUCAACUAUAAUUCUAUUUUUUUUUAAAAGUCGAGCUGCCCAUUUCCAACAACAACGUCAAACAAUAUUGUCCUUUUCAUUAAGGAGAUGAGAUGGUGUUUAGAGAUUUGCAGAGCUGACCAUAGGAAGUAUGCGUUCAGGGUGCCGGAGUCUCCGUGCAGCUAGUUUUUGCACACACCCUACUUUCUUAUUUCUAUUUUUACUAGGCCUCUUUCGAUGGUUUUCGUUUAUUGUUCUCUCAGGUCCCGAGGCCACCAAGAAGUCUAAGUACGAAGGGCCAGUCUUAUUUGCUCUACAGUUGGCCACCACGAUCCAAAUCAUCGGCCUGUUUGUACAGUCCUACCGAUUCAUACGCUUGUUGUUCGCCAGACAGGAUGAUGAGGAGAGGGAGUUUGUUGAGAGAUUUGUUCAUGGGAGGAGGUUCUUUUAGUAAGUCUUAAAUAACUUUAAUCCAACGACAAUGUCAACCAACUUUAAUAUUGUGGUAAUUGCAAUUGUGUUGUACAUAGGAAACCAUAAAAUAUAAUAAUAAACAAGUCCAAUAAGUCGUACACAUAAACUUUUCAAUCACAAACUGCUAUUUAGUAAGAGAACAAACUCAAUCCAUUCAUCCACCCUUUCUUUUGUUUUCAUACCUUUUAUUUUGUAACAUAUUAUGCAAGUCUAACUUAAUUUUUAAAAAAAGGAAUUUCUUAUCUUUUGUAAUAAAUUUUGUCAAUCUGAAAUCCUACGUGAUUAAGGAUGUUUAUUAAAUUAUAUAUAUAUGUUUAAUUUAAACUGUUUGUUUAUCAAAUAUUUAAAUAGGUUACCUUUCAAUUUAUAUUACAGGGGUUCUAAACCAGGAAGAUAGUGUAAGGGAGUGAAGGAAGACCAAGCCAUUCCCGCUGGCUCGGAAAAUAUGUUUUCACAUCAAAAGGGAGGUCACUUCUGCAAACGGGAUUUUAAAAAUAAAAAAAAACACUAUAUAUUGUGCUGUUCAACAGAGUAAAUAAAGAAGGCCAGGAUUACAUCCCUAACUUGUUUUCCCCC